CCUUUCUCUUCCCUCACCACCGUCAAACACGAAAUCUAGAGAGAGUGAGUGAGUCAGAACUCAGAAGGCAAAAGUCUGAUAUACAUACAGGAAUAUCAGCGUUCGUGAAAGUGUGAAGAGAAGAUAAUUAUUGCGGAGCUUGUGUCGACGGAAAUGGCCGGGAGAGUAGAUCUGGACGGGAAUCCGAUAAAGCCGAUAACGAUAUGUAUGAUUGGCGCCGGAGGUUUCAUAGGGUCGCACCUGUGCGAGAAGCUCAUGUCGGAGACGCAGCACAAGGUGCUGGCGGUGGACGUGUACAAUGACAAGAUCAAGCACCUCCUAGAGCCCGCCUCCCUCCCUUGGGCGGAUCGAAUCCAGUUCCACCGCCUCAAUAUUAAGAACGAUUCUCGCCUCGAAGGCCUCAUCAAAAUGGCAGAUCUAACGGUAAAUCUUGCUGCGAUCUGCACUCCAGCCGAUUACAACACUCGUCCUCUGGACACAAUUUAUAGCAACUUCAUUGAUGCUUUGCCUGUGGUUAAGUACUGUUCCGAGAAUGGCAAAAGACUAAUUCACUUUUCCACUUGUGAAGUUUAUGGGAAAACAAUAGGUUGCUUUUUACCCAAGGAUAGUCCAUUGCGGCAGGAUCCUGCCUAUUAUGUCCUUAAGGAAGAUGCCUCCCCUUGCAUUUUUGGCCCAAUUGAGAAGCAAAGAUGGUCCUAUGCAUGUGCAAAGCAAUUGAUUGAGAGAUUGGUUUAUGCUGAGGGUGCUGAGAAUGGCCUAGAAUUUACAAUUGUGAGGCCCUUUAAUUGGAUUGGUCCCAGGAUGGAUUUCAUUCCAGGCAUUGAUGGUCCCAGUGAGGGUGUUCCAAGAGUUUUGGCAUGCUUCAGUAAUAAUCUUUUGAGGCGUGAACCACUGAAGCUAGUUGAUGGAGGGCAAUCCCAGAGAACUUUUGUCUAUAUCAAGGAUGCCAUUGAAGCUGUUGUUUUGAUGAUUGAAAAUCCUGCUAGGGCUAAUGGCCAUAUUUUUAAUGUGGGAAAUCCUAACAAUGAAGUUACAGUGAGGCAGCUUGCUGAAAUGAUGACACAGGUAUAUUCAAAGGUGAGCGGUGAAGUCUCCCUGGCAACACCAACAAUUGAUGUAAGUUCUAAAGAAUUCUACGGCGAGGGGUAUGAUGACAGUGACAAGAGAAUUCCAGACAUGACCAUAAUCAACAGACAGCUUGGCUGGAAUCCAAAGACUUCCUUAUGGGACUUGCUUGAAUCCACACUCACAUACCAACACAGAACAUAUGCCGAAGCUAUCAAGCAGGCAAUGUCAAAACCAACUGCAAGCUGAGGAAAAAUACCAGAGCCAGACUGCUCUUUCAGAUUCUUUUUAAGAAAAUAUCCCACCCAUGUAAAGCUACAUACAUGGGUCCAAUUUCUACACAAAAAUCAUUCGAUUUUUUAAAUUAUUCCCGUGUUGCACUUCCUAUAAUAGUUUAAAUGAGCCACCAGAGCUUGUCUAUGCCACUUUCGGGCCUUCCGCCUGCACCACAAUGAGUAUUACAGAGAUAUUUAAGGAGUUCUAAACUGUUUUCCUAUUGUUUUCGCUAAUUAACUUUUAUGUGAUCACUAAUUAUGUUAUGUGUUUUA